AUGAUUGAUGUAAACGACGAAAUUAUUAUGGGCUAUAAUUCGACUUGGGAAUAUAUAUUUGGAUAUGAAAAUGUUGAACGAGUCACGUACAUCUACCUAAUUCCACUGGUAAGCUUCCAAGAUUUUUGAAUUUAAAAUUGAAAUCUUCUAACUUCUAAGAUCUGUUUAAAAAACAAUUAAUUUAACCGAAAAUCGGGGGGCUGAAUAAAUAAAAGAUGCAAAAAUACCAAAGAUUCUCCUUCUUUUUAUUUACCUUUUUAUGUUUUUUUUGGAAAAAAAAAUAUAUGAGGAAGAAAAAUUCAAUCAAAAAUAGCACUUGAGCAAACUGGAAAACAAGACGUUUUGCAAAAAAAAAUUUGGAACAUGAGCUAUGACGUGGCAAAUUAGGUAUAGAAUUUUACAAAUUCAUGGGAGAUUCUAAUUGGUUUCCGGUGGAAUUCGGAAAUUUGGAAUUGAAAAUUCACACCAAAAAUCAGAAUGUUUCUCGAAAUUUUUCGAACCAAUUGAUUUUCAAUAUCUAGGGAUCCAAUGGAAGUUUUUCAGAGUUUCAUUGAUCAAAAAAUAUUUUUUUUUGAGACGCGUUUUCCAGACUAGAAUUGUAGUUUUUCAAAGUUCACAAGACAUCUGUCACAUUUUUUUAACCGAGUUUUUUGUAAAAAUAUCUAAGAGUUUUGAAAAUUCCCCUUCGAUCUAAAACUUUGCUGUUUCAGUUCAAAAUUCAUAUUUCUCUCCAUCAAUCCUCAUUUUUAAGGAUCAUCCAAGACUAAUCCAGAUUCAUAGAUCUUCACUGAAAAAUCAUAUAAUCUUUGUUCAUACGGUAUUGACAUCUUUCUCAAAAAAGACCCUCAUUUUUUGAUAAUUACCCUUUAGCUAAAAAAAAUGAAAAAAAAUCUCCGAGCUUGCGAAAUUGUGCCAAUUUUGGGUGGCUAAAAAAAGAUUUUUUUACAAUUAGAAGUGAAUGUCAUUUUUAGGGUAACUCAAAAGGAUUUUGAGGGGAGUUUUUGCUCAGAAAAUUGUCAUAUUUUUCGAGAACAUGAAUUUUUUUGAGAUCAUAGAGAAGAAAUUGAAGAAGCAGAAUUUUAAUUUAUAUAUUCUCUCUCUCUAUUUAUUUAUUUUGUCCAGUGUGUUUUCCUUUUUUUUCUGCUAUCCUCCUCCCAUUUAUUUUCCUUUUCCGUUCAUGGAAAAAAUCAUCUUGAAUUAUAAAAAGUUAGGAAGGGAUCAAAACUCGAACAUUUUACACGAUAUUUUUCACAACAAAAAUAAGGGAGAAAAAUAAAUUAGUAUUGGAGGCUUAGGCUUUUUGUUUUGUAUUUUUUCUAAUCUUUUGUGCAAUUUUCUAACUGGCUUUUGACCCCCGUUGGGUUCAACGAUGAACCAGAAAAAUUGCAAUAAAUAUUCUAAUGAGGAAUUAUCUUCAUCUUUUUCUUUCCCAUAGGAGGAAAACUGAAAAAAAUGAGAAAUAAAGUGCAAGCAGAAAAACAACGAGUAAAUGAUGGGAAAAAUAUUCUUUUGAAGUGGGGUGGAGGAAAAUAUUUUUGUUACUAACAUAAAUGAAAUAUAGAAAAAAAAACAAGUAGAGGGAUAUAAUUUGAAAUCAACUUGGUAAGAAAUUAUGAUUUGGCAGGAUUUACUGGAAAUGUGAAGUACAGUAACCCUAAUCGUUUACGGCCUUUUUUUGUGAUUUUACAAUCAUUAUUUUCGUGCACAAAAAAUAUUUUUCUACAUUUUUCCACUACUUCAAAAUUCCAUUCAUCUCUGUCCUAAUUUUCUUUUUGGCCACUAAUAAUUAUUUCCCGAAAAAAUCGUAAACUUUUUAUUACACUCGAUGACAUCAAAUAUUCAUCAUCAUGUAGUUUGGCCCAUCCAAACUCAUGAUCAAAAUUAGCCAAAUAAGAAGCUCUUUAAAAACUUGUUUACACAAAAAAAACAAACCCGAUACCUUUUCUUUUUGUCAAUAUGCACAUAUAAGAAAACACGGAUUAGGUUCGUAGGAAAAAAAAAACAAUUAUUAUCCUUGAAUUCGAAGAACACCUCAAAAAGUAUUUUUUUUUUCAGGUUUGUCUUCCUGGAAGUGUCGCCGCCGUUUUGUCGGCCAUUGUUUUUGCUCGUCUUCGACAAAACUCAUUAGAGGUUAGUUUAGAGCGAAAAAUAACGAAGAAGCAAAAGAAAAUGAAAAUGAAAAUGAAAUUGACUAACUAACUUUGAACGAUGGUUUUUUGAAUGAGUUCAAAGAAAAACAUUUGAGACAACAUGUGAUGAGCAAAAAUAUUGGGAAGAGAAAUAUUGGCAAAAGAGUUCGGAAUUGAGUUGAAGAUUUGGGAAAUAUCUUAGAAUCUGCUACAAAACGAAAAAAAAUUCCAGAUUCUGCUAUGUGGACUCUCAUUAUUCGAUGUGGUUAUCCUUCUCUCUUCUCUUUUCAUGUUUCCAGCAAUGCAUGAAUGUUCAAGAAUUGAUCAAGCAGUAAUUCAUCCUUACAUUAAUAAAAUUCCAAUUUCAUAUCCUCUUUCAGCUCCAACAAUCAAGUAUGGUUUGUCAUUUCUUUUGGAGAUCCACCGUCAGUUUGUUCCCAAUAAGUCUAAUUUCCCAAGCUGGCUCAAUUUUCACAUACGUGGCAGUUACUGUAGAUCGAUUUAUUGCUGUAACAUUUCCAUUGAAGAAAAGAGUUUGGGCGACGAGAAACAAAUCGACGACAGUUUUGAUUUGCAUUACGGUUGUGAGGUAAUCCAGUCACGGGUAACCAGAAAUUACGUAACUAAAAAAUUUUCAGCACCCUCUUCAAACUUCCCUCAUUCUUCGAAGUUGCUCUAAAUGAAAACGGUCAAUCUGUGACCACAACAUUGAGAGAGAAUAAAUUCUACACGGAAAUUUAUUUGCUAUAUUUAUACUUUUUCCUGAUGCAACUAAUUCCAUGGACAAUUAUUAUCUUCCUGAAUGCUUAUAUAAUUCAUAAAGUGAGACUGGCUUAUCGAGUACAAGAAGCCAUGAUUCACGGAAAACCAAAAACAAAACGAGAAGAUGCCGAGAGAAAGUUGGUUUUAGAUAGAUAUUUAUUAUUAAAAUUGCGAGAUUUUGUAUGGGAAAUUCUGAGGGACCACAGAAAUUCCUUGAGUUCAAUCCAAAUAAAAUUGUUUCCACUUUCCGUUCAAAAACUUUGUUUUAUAUGAGCUUUUUUGCAAACAGCUGAACCACUGUUUUUUUAAGUGUGAACUAUUAGCAAAUUUUCAAACUUCCAAAAACCAUCAACAAAUUUUCAGAGUAACCGUUAUGGCAAUCGUGAUGACGUGUAUUUUCAUAAUCUGCAACAUUCCACCGGGUAUCAAUAAUUUAGUUGAGGAAUAUGGAGAUCGCGCGUAUUUUCGACAACGAAUACCACUUUCUAAUCUACUUGUCUGUUUUAACAGGUAACCUAGAAAACCCUGGAAAUCUUCAAAAACAAAAACAUAAAUUUUCAGCGCAUCAAAUGUGAUGAUCUAUUGUGUAUUCAACACUCGAUUCAGAAGAGCCGCGUUACAAAUUCUCGGAUUCUCAACAAAAAAUCCGACUCGAGCUGGAAGUGUUAUAACUAAAAUCACCAAAGAGGAUGGUGUUGGAAUGGUAAGACAGCACAUAUUGUUAAAGUGAAAAUUUGAAAAAAAUUUCAGCUACGAUCAAGAAUUUCAACCUAUGAAACAUUGAAUGGCGUCGAGCCAACUGCUUGUUAA